AUGACCGACAACCAAGUUCUACAGCCCAUAGCAAGGAGAUCUAUUCUCAUUCUGUAUGGGUCUGAGACAGGCAAUGCACAGGAAGUGGCUGAAGAAUUAGGCGCCUUGACGGAGCGACUACAUUUCGCGACGCAUGUAUUCGAGUUGAACCAAUGCAAACCAGAAGACCUUUUCUCUUAUACACUCACAAUAUUCGUGACGUCAACUACCGGACAAGGCGAUUUCACGGCGAAUGCGCGGUCGUUCUGGAAAUCGCUCUUACUGAAGAAGCUCCCCGCUACAUACUUGAAGGGGAUAAAUUUUGCUUGCUUCGGGCUAGGUGAUAGCUCGUACCCCAAGUUCAAUUGGGCGAUACGCAAACUCCAAAAGCGACUACUACAACUAGGCGCAAACGAAAUCUAUCCCACAGGCGAAGCAGACCAGCAACACCCAGAAGGACUUGAGGGAUGCUUUUUACCCUGGAUGACGGAUUUCCGAAAGCAACUGCUGGACAGGCACCCUCUCCCUGCUGGCCAGCAUCCAAUUCCGAGUGAUGUGCAGCUUCCACCGAAGUGGAUUUUGCAACUGAAGGACGAAAACGAUCCCGUCACAAUACCGCAGGCUACCGUCGCGAAUGACCAUCAAGCUCUCACAGAUGAAUAUCCGGGGCUGCACCAUCUGGACCAUGAUUAUCGUCCUAUUCCACAUACACUCUCAGCGACAUUGGCCGAAAAUAGGCGUGUGACUCCGCAAAAUCACUGGCAAGAUGUACGCCGAAUCACCCUGACCGUCCCGGACUCUGUCUCAUACGUCCCUGGAGACAUGAUCGCCAUCACACCGAAAAGCUCGUCGGCUGAUGUCCAAACCCUUAUUGACCUGAUGAAUUGGAACGAUCAAGCAGAUCGACCAAUUUCUCUUGUUCCGACAGGGGAUAUUCCAUCCCCACCACCUAUUCCUGGCCUCGACUCAUAUCCGAACCUAACUCUCCGCGCCCUCUUGAUAGAUUAUCUCGAUGUCAAAGGGAUACCCCGCAGGUCCUUUUUUUCCGCAAUUGCACACUACACAAACGACGAGAUGCAUAAAGACCGGUUACUGGAAUUCACAAAUCCCGAGUAUCUAGAUGAGCUAUGGGACUAUACAACGCGCCCUCGACGCAGCAUACUCGAGGUCCUGCAUGAAUUUGACACUGUCAAAAUCCCAUGGCAGCACGCUAUCUCUGUUCUCCCCGUCAUGCGCGCCCGCCAGUUCAGCAUUGCCAGCGGUGGAAGCCGCAAGAAAACCGCAGACGGAAAGACACAAUUCGAACUACUCAUUGCCAUUGUGAAGUACCAAACGGUCAUCAAGAGAAUCCGCGAAGGAGUCUGUACUAAAUACCUCUCUAUCCUACGGCCGGGCAGUACCCUGAAAGUCCAGCUCCAGCCAGGCGGCCUCAACUCAUCAAUCCAGCAACUCACCGCAGCAACCGUGCUCAUCGGACCAGGCACUGGAAUCGCACCACUGCGCUCCAUGCUGUGGGAGAAGGCGGCACUCGUGCAGGCUUUCCGCGAACAAAACCCCGGUGUGAACCCUCCAGUUGGCCCAACAAUUCUCCUGUACGGCGGUCGAAACCGAGAAUCUGAUUUCUUCUUCGAAGAGGAGUGGACGGAGCUCAGCAAGCUUAUUCCAAUGCAGGUCCUUGCUGCUUUCUCGCGUGACCAACCGAACAAGAUCUACGUGCAAGAUGUUGUACGCGAGAACUUCCCACUCUUCUUCCGUCUGUUGCAUGAUAUGCAAGGAUCGGUUUAUAUUUGUGGUUCCUCUGGACGCAUGCCCCAGGCUGUGCGUGAAGCCCUCAUCGAGGCCUUCCAGCAUGGAGGAGCUCCUGUGCCAGGGCAGCCUUUCACCCGUUCCCAGGCUGAAGCGUACCUUGUCGAUAUGGAGAAGAUUGGGCGCUACAAACAAGAGACUUGGUGA